GCGUCCCUGCCCAUGGCAGGGGUGGCACUGGAUGAGAUUUAAGAAACUUUCCAACCCAAACCAGUCUGGGUUGCCAGUGGGGUGGAUGGUGCAGGUUGUCCCCUCCCAGAGCCCUGCAGCUCCUCCCUGAGCUGGAUCCAAGCGUGACUCAGCCCCAACACGGUUUUUUAUCAGCUCUCAGCACCCAGAAAUGACCCCAGCCACACCCAACAGCCAGAACCCCUGGCUGGCCUGGAGUGGGCUGGGAAAUAGGGAAAUAAAUACACGGGAAGGGAACUGUGGGCUCCUCACAAGGGUGGCUGCAGGCUCUCAGCACCCCCGAGUCCCAUCCUGGCCCUCCAAAGGCCUGCAGAGGUGCCCGGGCCCAGGGUCCCCCUGUUCUUGUUGCAUGGUUGGGCUCAAACAGUGAAAUUUUCCGCUCUCCUCAUGGAAAUCCCAAAGGCUGCUCAUCCCAGUCUCGCUGCUCCCUGCAGUGGCUUCCCACAGAACCCACCCGGCCCACAGUGGCACCACUGAUGACUCAAAGACUGAGUAGAAAAGAGGAAAUAUUGAAAUAUUUGGGGUUUAGAGUGUUUAAAAGGUGACUUUAUCCUAGAGGGGACAGACACCAAUUUUUUCCAGCAGCUGAGUUGGGUCACUUUGUGCUCUUUGAGCAUCUGUAAAGCUCUGGAAGACAAAAAAAAAGUGUUUUCCAGCACUCCUGUCAUGCAGUGGCUGCAGGAAAUCCCGGCAAAAACACAGAUCACAGAACAUUCUGAGUUCGAGGGGAACCACAGGGAUCAUCAAGUUCAACUCUUAACACGUGAAUUGAACCCACAACCUCAGUCCACGGAAGAAAAUGAAAGUGUUCUUCCUUGCCAACCCACCCAGAAUAACAACCCCAAGGAAAAGGGAUUAAUUCUGUGAUGUGAGGGGGGUUUGUGGGGGCAGCCCCCUCCUCAGAGCAGCUGCCACCCUUAAAGCCAUCCCUAGAGCCAGCCAGGAAGGAGGACCAGGGUGAAGCUCCACGAGCAUCUCAGGGGACACAAAUCCACAGCUGGCACUGACGGUGGCACAGUGACCACGGCCGGGGCCAGAGCGAUGCCGGGGGGCUCCGGGGGCUACCGAGGAGCGAGGCCAAGCCCCGGUUUCCUCCAGCCGAGCCCGGAGAAGGUUUUGAAAGCACAUCCUGCCCCAGCCGGGGCGCAGCGCCUUGCGCAGGGCGAUCCCCGAGCGCGCCAUGGCCAGCACCGGGAGGGGCUGGGAUGGGCAGCGGGAGCUGCUGCGGAGCCGGGAUGCGGAGCUGGAGCCCCGCGGGACCCCCCCGCUGCCAGGGACAGCUCACAGGGCCAGCUCCGCGCUCCGCAGCGCCAGCCUGGACCUGGCUGCCCCCGCACCGGCCACCCCCAUGCCGGACACGCCGGGGGGCUGCCCCCCUCGGCCCCCCAGCUCAGCCCUCAUCUACAGCAACCUGGGAGAGCUGCGUGCCCACCUCAUCCCCCACAAGGCCAGCCGAGGGGAAGGUGCUGGGAGACCCCUCCUUCAGCCUGACCCGGACCCCCCGCCUCCCCCCCUGCCCAAAAAGCAGCUCCAGCGAGCCGAGUCCCUCCCGGAGCCGGGAUCAUCCCACCGCUACCACGGCGACCCCGAGCCACGGGCUGGCAGCAUCCUCUACAGCAUCCCCCCACCCCACCUGCGGCGCGAGGAGGGGGCUCCCCCGCGGGACAGACCCUCCUGGGGACCCAAGAAGCCCCUGACCAAGUCCCAAAGCCUGGGGGAGCCGCUGGCCUGGAGCAGCCCCCAGAAAGCCCCAUCAGCCAGCCUGAAGGAGCUGUCAUUUGGGACAGCGGACGGGGAGCUGGGGCAGCUCCUGGAGAGCCCGGCCGGGGUCCUGGGGGUGAUUUUGGGGUGCCAGGAGGCCGCCCUGACCCGGCUGUCAGCUCGCAUGCAGGAGGAGCUGGUGGGGCCCGAGGAGAGGCAGCAGCUGCUGGAGGCAGAGCUGGUGGGGAAGCGCUGGGCAGCGCUCGGGGUCCUGGAGCCCCGGCCCUGCUGCCAGAGCGGGGACGCCUGGUACUUCAGGGUGGGCUUCACCUUCGAGCACAGGCAGCUGCAGCUCGCAGCCAAGGUCCCCAAGCCGUGCUGCUCCAGCCUGGGGGUGCAGAGCUCCCUGGGGACGCACUGCAGCAUCCAGCGCCUGCUUGGCCGCUUCACCGACCGCCUCCCUCGGGAACUGGUGCUCCCGGGAAUCCCUGGAAAACAGAGUCAGGGCCCUUCCGGAGCGGCCCCAGCCUGCCCUGCCUCCCGGCCUGUCCUGCAGGUGCUGCUCUGUGCCGAGGUUCCCCAGCAGACCCUGGCAGACUUUGUGAAGAGCUCCCACACUUUGCACAGGACCCGCCCCGGGCACUACGAGCGCCUGGGCUGUCUCCUGCUCCUGCAGCUGUGCAUGGGGCUGGAGCACCUCCAGGGGCAGAACGUGGCCCAGGGGGACCUCUGCCCUGAGAACCUGCUGCUGGUGCAGUGCCCAUGUCCCCCCCAGAGCCAGCAGGGCCAGAAGGAGCCGCUGGGACUGUCCCUUCCACGGCUGCUCAUCAGCAGCUUCUUCAAGGUGCAAGAGAAGCAAAGACCUUGUUCCAGCAGCCAGGAGCAGGACUGGACCCAGGGUCUCACUGCACCCUCCCCUCCAGCAGCAGCUGAGCUGAACGUGGGCAGGCUGAUCUAUCAGAUCUUGCACGUGGACAUCUCCCUGGAGAACAUCUUGGGCUUCAGAAGCAAAAUGCUUCCCGAGAUCCCCUCGCUGUCCAUCUACUCGGCGGGACUGAAGCGCUUGGCCACGCUGCUGCUCCACAGGGAUCCUCACCAGAGGGUGUCCAUCGAGCAGGCCAGGGGCAUCCUGCAGGUGCUGCUCUGGGGGCCACGCCAGGAGCUCUUUGCCAGGAGCAGGAAGAGCCUGGAGCUGCUCCGGAGCUGGCUGGAGGUCAAGAGGGCUCUUCUGCUCCUGAGGUUUGCGGAGAACUCACCUGGGGCCAGGGCCAGCCCCAGCCUGGAGGAGUGGCUGUGCUGCCAGUACUUUCAGGGGGUCACUGAACACACCCUCCACCAGGUCACCCAGGUUCUCUACGCUCCCUAAACCAGCCUCAAGGUCAGCCCAUCCAAGGUCUCCUCAAAGCCAGGAGCCCACCAGGGCCUGGCCACACCUGUCCCUGCCCAUGGCAGGCGGUUGAAACGAAAUGACUUUUAGGGUCCUUUCAACCCAAAUUGUUCCAUGAUUCUAUGAAAUCCACCAGUUCCUGAGAAAUCCAAGCUGGUCCUCACUGGGAAAACUCUGCAAACCCAAACCCACUUCCUCCACAGCCCAUGAAUGAUGACGUUGGGAUCAAACUCCCAAACACACGGUGGUUUUACACCCUCAAACAUUUUUUGCUUGAUACUUCUGAAUCUGGUUUAUCAAAGCAUCUGAGAAAAGACAGCUGGAUGGGAGCCCCAAGCACCAAUUUAGUGGCUGAUGAUCCCAAGUAAAGUUUAUGGGGUUCAGACUUUGCACAAAACCCCCUCAGAGCUCUCCUGCAGCCACCAGGUUUCUGCUGGUUUAAAUAACACUCAAAGCCACCCAUCACAGCUCACCCUUCUCAGCAAAGGAGAAACACAGCGGCUCCUUCAGCCUGUGCUUCCCAGAGACAAUUUGUGGCACAGUCACAAAUAAAAAUGACAUUUUAAAGGGAAAAAUACAGCUUCAAUAAAACCUGGAGCUGAGCCUCUCAAACACUG